AUGCACCCAGUUCACGCACCUGUUCUUCCAAAAAUAUCAAGGAAAAGGUUAUCAGAUGAUGAUAAAGAUAAUUAUAACAACAAAAAAGAUGCAAAAAAAUUUAAUGUUUCCGAUUGGAAAAUUCAAUUUGUCGAAUCUUACAAAUAUUAUGUAACUGAGGUGUGUACUGUGUGCGGCCAACCCGGUGAACCAAUACCUGUUUGGGAAGUUCGUCUUUGUAGAUUUUGUGUUGUUAGACAAUUAAUUAACAAGAGUGCUUUAACCUCAUUCUCAUUAACAUCAAAAGAAUACGAAGUUCUAAAGCCAUGGAAGACAUUUGUAUAUGAUCUUGGAAUGUAUUGCACCUUUUAUUUGAGAAACCAUUUAGAACACUUGAGGCGUCAAAAAUAUAUGGAUCCGCAAAUAUAUCUGGACUUGGAUGUACAGAAACGCCAGGCAGAACGGUUUACAAAAGAGAUUACUAAACGUAAGCGUAAACAGCGUGAACAGGAACAAUCGUGCGCUGAGCGAACUCAUGCUAUACUUCGUUGUUUCAAAGAGUUGAGAUUGAAGGCUGAGUUGAGUGUCAUGGAAGAAUGGUGGUUUCCCAAAGAAUUGAAAUUGGAAAUUCAAGAGGCAUUCUAUCAUUUAUAA